GACAUCUCUACAUUGUUUACUCGCUGCUGGAUUCGCAGAGGGCGGCGAUGAGCUGGUUAAUGUUUACUCUGAGUUCAGGCCGUCAGUGGCCGAGUGCUUUUACCAAACUGAUUCGCUGUUAUAUGUCUUCAGAGAGCUGCACAGGUUCAAUGGCCACAGACUGGCUGUCGCCGGCUGAGAGAGAACAGUUUCUCAUGGAGUUAAAAGCCACGGGCUGGGUGGAAGUAGAUGAUCGAGAUGCUCUAUACAAGGAGCUACACUUCAAGACCUUUAACCAGGCGUUUGGCUUCAUGUCUCGAGUGGCUCUACAAGCAGAGAAGAUGAACCAUCAUCCAGAGUGGUUCAAUGUUUAUAACAAGGUGCAGGUCACUUUAACGACACAUGACUGUGGAGGACUGUCAAAGAAGGACAUUCGACUUGCCAAAUUUAUUGAUAAGGUGGCACUGUCCUUGUAGCCAUUUUUACAAUUGUCUUUAUUGGGACACAACAUUUUCAAAAGGAUUAAUAACAUUUAAAGGUUACAACUGAUGUUAACUAUCAUUUUUUUUAUUAUGAAAUAAAUUAUUUUUGCACUUGAAAUGAAAAGUUGAUUUUUUUAUAUUUUCAUUUGGAUUUCCUCAGUUUAACCAUGUUGUGACAUCCUUGCUUUGGAUAUGGUCAGCCAUUUCAAGAGCAGACAAACCAGAUAAUCAAUUAGAAACUGGGAAUUAUCCAAGCAAUACGAAGUCUGUCAGCCCCCAAUUAUGAGUUACAUAAGCCCUCAACUGUUAAGGAAAUAUGGUAAGAAGCAGCAUUCGUGUAAUUAAACAGAAACAUGAUUGGUUGGGAAAAUACAGUACGGUACAUGUGGACAGUUCAACAGAUGUCUUUAUAGAACUUUAUCAGAUCCUUCAUAAACUGUAAGAGCAUGUAUGUCAUUUAUAGUCACUGAAACAAAGCCAUUAUGCUCACAAUAAUUUGAAACAGUCAGUGGAUCUGUUAAGGAAAGGAAUGAAUUAUGAAUGGAGUUUUUUGCAAAGAGAGGCCUUUUUGAUUUCACCAUCUACAACUCUUAACAUUUCCUGGAAGGAACGUAUCUUGUAAACAUUUUGGUUUUCUUUUAAUUAUAAUUUUUAGUUUUUUAAAGAAAACUAGUGUUUUUGUGAAUAUUGUUCAUACCUUGUAGUUAUUUAAAAUACACUUGCAGUCUGUUUGAAACCAUGCCACACUAUGCAGCCAUUUUGCUAAAGGUGUGCUGUGGCUAUUUUUAAAUCCCCAUGUGUCAACAUCAUAAACUGCUUACAAUGAAAACUGUGUUUGUAUUAUUGUAAUUUGUGUACACAUAUUUAUGAUUACCGUAAGAAUACACAUACUGAAAGCUGAAGGUUUCCAGAAGUUUACUGUUUUCAAAACGUUAAAAAAAAACUCUUUCAAAAAUAUGCCUACAUAAGCCAGGUCGUAGAGUGGUUGAAGCCCAACAUGAGAUUACAUAUUGUAGCCUAUUGUGUUAAAUGUUUACUAUAAGACAGCAUUGUAAAGCUGAUUAACAAUGCAAAAUGUGAAAAGCGCUAUAGAAUUAUAUUACUAUUUUCCUUUUUAUGAGAGCUAUACAUAUGGUCAUUAGCUGGAUCAACAGGAUCUACUUUUCAGCUCCACUGCAUGAUGAUGGGGCCAAGAUCAACCUGGUAGACCUUGAUUAAGUAAAGCUGACGGACCUCCUUAAACUGAUAACAACUUUGCUACUUUUUUUCAAGAAACCCAUUGAUUUGGCAAUACACAAGCCAAAAUAGAACAUCAAAAGUAACUGAUACUUUAUAGGCUAAACUAGGGCACAAAUGGGACAGCCAUCUUGGUAAUACUCCUGUGCAUCUAGUUUUUAUGUAAACAAUAUACCAAAUAAAUAUGCCUCCUUUUAGCUUAAAUGGGGAAAGCUAUUAAUCAUUUUAAUGGUGUAAAUAUGAUCUAAUUGCUGUCAAUUCAGUCGUUGUUCUGUUUUACUGUCCAUCAGUCACUAUUUAUGGAUAGUGAUUUCAACAUUUUAUAAGGACAAUAAAGUAGCAUAAAAUUAGUUUGAUGGUAUGCUAUAAUUUAAGUCUAUGAGGCUGUAAGAGCUUAUAUGAGGAACAGACCCAAAUACAUUGUCCUUUCUGAUGAUAUUUCCUCUGAUUUGCUGAUUAUUUGAUGCUUCGUGCUGAAAUGUUAGCUUUAACCAAUUUGAUAAGAAAGCUGGUGACUUUUUUUAAUCGUACUGAAUGACUGGAUACCUGAUCUCCUGUAUGGACUUAUGUUGCAC